GCCGGCAAGAUGGUGGCGCGCCGGAGGAAGCGUGCGGCGCGGGACGCCGAAGAGGGGAUUCCGAGCCCCCCGGGCUACUCAGCCGUUCCGAUCAAGUUCUCCGAGAAGCAAAAGGCUUCCCAUUACCUGUACCUGAGAGAGCACCGAGUUCGAGAAGGCACCAAGUCUUCCUGGCCUCCGAAGAGGACCCUCUUUGUCCUCAAUGUGCCCCCGUACUGCACCGAGGAGUGCCUGGCCCGCCUCCUCUCCCCCUGUGGCCCCGUCCAGUCCGUGGAAUUGCAGGGGAAGCCCGAGCUCACCGAGAGCCCCAAGGAGCCACAGUCCAAGUUCUUUCACCCCAAGCCUGUUCCGGGCUUCCAGGUGGCCUACGUGGUGUUCCAGAAGCCAAAUGGGGUGUCGGCUGCCUUAGCCCUGAAGGGCCCUUUGCUGGUCUCGACAGAGACUCACCCCGUGAAGAGUGGCAUUCACAAGUGGAUCAGUGACUACACAGACUCCGUGCUGGACCCGGAGGCCCUGCGAGUGGAAGUGGACACGUUCAUGGAGGCGUACGACAGGAAGAUGGCCGAGGAGGAAGCUAAGGCCAAGGAGGAGGAAGGGGUCCCGGACGACGAGGGCUGGGUGAAGGUGACGCGCCGUGGCCGGCGGCCCGUGCUGCCCCGGACGGAGGCAGCCAGCCUGCGGGUGCUGGAGAGGGAGAAGCGGAAGCGCGCCCGCAAGGAGCUGCUCAACUUCUACGCCUGGCAGCACCGCGAGACCAAGAUGGAGCAUCUAGCGCAGCUGCGCAAGAAGUUUGAGGAGGACAAGCAGAGGAUUGAGCUGAUGCGGGCCCAGCGCAAAUUCCGUCCCUACUGAGCCGCAAGGACAGGGUGGUGGGGGUGGCCGGCGAGGACACGACGGCCUGGAGGCUUCCAGACUGCCCAGGCCCAGAAGCUUCCCCGUCAGACAGCUCUGAGAGUCAGCCCACAGGCGGCGGGCAAAGGACAGUGCCACCCUAAAUCCUGGUCUUCAGCAGCCCGGAGCUGGGAGCCUGCCCAGCAUGAGGACUUGGCUCUCAGGAGCCACCGGCCCAGGAAGUGGUUCCUUCUGCUCCUGUCUCCUCCCAGAUGUUUGGAUCUUCCGCCAAAAGCUAAGUGUGCGCCAUGUUCUCCCCUUACCCCUCAGUGGCCAAGCCCCUGCACCCGUGAAAGCCUCAGAGGCAGCGAGAGAGAAAAGA